AGCGUAGCAGGGCCGCCUCCUCUUGUUUUGCGGUCUUGUUUUGUCAGCCAGCCUCACAACAGAGAGAGACAGAGCAGCUGCAGAGACCGUCCGGAGAGCAGCAGCGACCCGGUGCACGCAGAGGAGGUGCACGGUAUAUUCUCCUGGUUGGACAGGAGUAGGAGCAGCAGUAGGAGCAGGAGGAGGCGCAGGAGCAGAAGCAGAAGCAGAAACAGGAGCAGGAGGAGCAGGGUGCAGUCACACGCCUGAGGAGGUGAAUGUGUUUGUGCGCAUCUUCCAGAGGGACUGUUUGAUCCUGCAGAGAGGACAGAAUCAGAGGACACACACAGAAGGUGGGGAUCUGAUCAUCGUUGUCCUUCCCCAGAAGCUGACACCGUCCUCACUGUCCUGAAGGAGCCUGUUUUUAACUGCGGAGCUUCUUCGUGGCCAAAUGGAUGCGAGUGCGUGAGGAGAAUACUAAUGCACGGCGCGCUGCGUCCUGCCGAGGCGCACCGGAGCCGACCAGUCAUCCAGAGCGCACCGGGGCCUGCGCACCACCAAGGUCCCUCCACAGGGGAUUCAUAAGAACAGGAUCUGAGCAUUAGAUCUGUUUUAUUUCCAAAAACUGGAUAAACCCCCUCCUCCAGCAGCUGCAGACACACAUUAUUUUUUGCCAAAAUGGGCAACAGCUUCUCCAACAUCUCUGCCUUCCAGUCUCUCCACAUCGUCAUGCUGGGCUUGGACUCUGCUGGAAAGACUACAGUCCUUUACAGACUCAAAUUCAACGAGUUUGUCAACACUGUGCCCACGAUUGGGUUCAACACGGAGAAGAUCAAGCUGAGCAAUGGCACCGCGAAGGGCAUCAGCUGUCAUUUCUGGGACGUGGGAGGCCAGGAGAAGCUGAGGCCUCUGUGGAAGUCCUACAGCCGGUGCACUGAUGGGAUCAUCUAUGUUGUGGACUCUGUGGACGUUGACAGGCUGGAGGAGGCCAAGACCGAGCUGCACAAAGUCACCAAGUUUGCAGAGAACCAGGGCACGCCGCUGCUGGUCAUCGCCAACAAGCAGGACCUGCCCAAGUCUCUCCCAGUGGCGGAUAUAGAGAAGCAGCUGGCUCUGCACGAGCUCACCCCCUCCACCACCUAUCACAUCCAACCUGCAUGCGCUAUAAUAGGCGAGGGGCUCCACGAGGGCAUGGACAAACUGUAUGAGAUGAUCCUGAAGAGGAGGAAAUCUCUAAAACAGAAGAAGAAGCGGUAACAGCUGCUGGACAGUGUUCUAGUCUAAUGAACUGUAAGGAAUCCGGGUUCUGCCAGUGUUGCCCUAAACACCUUUACUUUGCAGUGAUUUUUUUUUAAAGGGACUGUUUGUAACUUCCAGAAAUGCUUGUUAACAGCGACACCUGUGGCCGUUAAGUCAACGAAAGUCAGCGUCGGGUUCGCGCUUGCUCGCAUGAAAUAGACAUG